UGGGCUCCAAGACUGCCUAGGGUCUCACUGAUAGUCAAGGCUUGGGCUCCUUUAUUCAGAAGAGUAAGAUUAAAGAAAACUUCUGUAAAUUAAAAAGUGUUGGUGCCGAGAUGGCGCUCCAUGGAUCACAUGGAGGGGACAGAAGAUUGCAGAAUUGGCAAUGUCCUGGGUGGAAGCUGGGCCACCCACAGUGGCCUGGGAAGCCUCUCAGAUACUGGAUUCUACUGGGCUGUUGAUCACCUUGGGUUGGGCUAUUUCAUUGUUAUCACAAAAUAAACAGGAUGCUCAAAGUCAUCUUCUGGCAGAGAAUCAAGCAGCUUCACACUGGUCCUCUAAACCAAUCCUCAUAGCAGGGCUGGGAGACAGGUGUUACCUUUCCCACCUUACAGAGAAUGAAACAGAGAGGCAAAGCCUCCGAAGGACCCCACACUUCCGACAUUGCAAAGCAGGAUCUGAGUCCGGGCUCCUCCGUCCAAAUCCACUUGCUAGACUUUCUUUCCCACGUGUAGACUACAGCUGGAAGGGUCUUGGAGGACACAUUUUAGGCCAACCCUCUCGGUUUACAAUCCAGAGAGCGGAGACCCCCGAGAAGCCGAGUGACUUGUCCAAGGCCACGCAGCGAGUGUGUGCAAGGUGGGAGGGGAGCCCGAGACGCCCUGUGUCUCCUGUCCUCGCAGGUUCCUUCCUCCCCGCAGCCCGCAGGGGACGCUGGAGGAGGAGCUGAGCCGGGUGUGCCGGCGCCCCGGGCCGGGGCGUUCCGGGGGCGGUCCCCAGCGGCCGCGCAUUCCAGAGCCAGCCGCGCGUCUUGGGGCUCGGAGGAGCCGGGGCAAGUUCCGGGCGCUGCCUGGAGCCGAGGUUCCAGGCCUGGGGGUCGCUUCCAGCCUCCAGAUCCCGUGCGGUUCUGGGGACCCUGAGAAGCACCGAGCCAUCCCUACCCUGGGAACUUUCCGCAGACUCGCCGGGAUCUGGGAGUGAAGCAACAUGGACGCAGUCAGCCAAGUCCCCAUGGAAGUCGUGCUUCCCAAGCACAUCCUGGAUAUCUGGGUUAUUGUCCUCAUCAUCCUAGCCACCAUUGUCAUCAUGACCUCCUUGUUGCUGUGCCCAGCCACUGCAGUCAUCAUCUAUCGCAUGCGGACUCAUCCUAUUCUCAGUGGGGCUGUUUGAGAGCCUCCCAAGAGGGCCAGGUGAUGGAUGAGGACAGGCAUCCUGCCCCCAGCCUCUUCCUGUCUUCAGAAAAGCAGCAGGAGGGACUUUGGGGCAUGGACCUGAGUUCUGGUUUUGAUUUCUGCCAUGAGCCAGCUGUGUGAAUUUGGUCAAGGGACCUAACUCUCUGAGUUCCAGGUUCCUUAUCUUUCAAAUGGGGAUGGUGAUCCCUGCCCUUCCUACCUCACAGGGGUGUGGGAACCACCUGACUUAGUGGAAGUGAAAGCUAUGUGAGCAGUAAAACUACCACAGAUAUAAAGGUGUUAUGCUGAAUGCUGAGAAGCUUUGAAGAACCAGAGAAACUGAUUGUUUAUGAUGGCCUUAAAGGUGGUGAGGGAGAUAUUGGGGGCAGUGCAGACUUUGCCAGUGCCCCUCAGGUCAAACCAAACCAAGCAAGCACCCCGUCCCCAUCCCAAGGGGCCAGCAGGACUUUGGCUCAAAGUUAUUUUCUUUAAGGUGCCAUUCCUUCAUGUUUUCUCAGUUUGGAGGGAGAUGGGUAGAGCUUUCCAGAACAUUCUCUAUGCCAGAAUCUCUGCCCUUGUGUAAUCUGAAGGAUGACUGUGCCAUCUUUGGGCACUGCCAAGGGAGUUGGGGUGAUGGGCUUCUUUCUGCCCUGGAGUCUCACGUCUGUUAGCUUUGACACUCAAGCCAUGUUGGCAUAUGCAGGGUGGCGGAGUUCCCUGCCCAGCUUUUGGGGUCUCUGGCCCCCAACCCCUUGUGUGUGUCCCUCUGUCUAGCUAAUGCUGUAAUUAGCUCCAUGUGUACCCCCUUCACUCCCUCCCACCAGCACUGCAGCCAGCCUAAGGCAAUUGUAUUUUAAGAGAUGUUCCCGGGACUUUUGGGACCUACCAAAACAAUGAUGGCUAUUUUAGAUGUGAUAAUUUAUAUUUAUGUAGAGAUAUUUCUGGACCAUUCAAACUCUUCAAUACCAAUAUUAGGAGCAUCUUGCAAUUUAUUAAAUUAUGUAAGAAGAUAGCACAGAUAUCAGGAUAUUACUGUGUGAAAAUGAUGCUUUUACUUCGAAGGGAUCUCAUUGAUGUAUACAAUCAAUUUCCAAUAAAGUGCUAGAAUGUGCA